GCCAUGAAGUCGGGGAAGCUCUCCAAGCACUCGGUCAACGUCCUCGGCGCCAAGUGGAGCGACAAGUGGGUCCACCUCGACGCCCAUGCGCUGCGCUGGUACCCGAUGGUGGCCGACGCCGGAGGCUUCUCGCUCCAUGGCCUAUGUAGCAGCAAGGCAACGAAGGUACUCUUGCUCCACGAGCAUACGCUCGUCGCCGUCUCGGCGCCCAUCGAGAAGCGCUUGCAGCGAAAGCACUGCUUCCAGCUCGUCGACAAGCACACGGAGAAGACGCGGACGUUUGGCUGUGCGUCCGAGCGCGACCUCGUCGAAUGGGUCGCAGCCAUCCACGCUAGCAUGCACCCGCCAUCGACAGCACCAACGACGCACACGGACCAGCGCUGCGCCGACGCCCGCGCCGCAUUUGCCAAGCUCGACGGUCGAGGCAUGGGCAAGAUCGAAUGCGCCAAGCUGCGCGCGCUCCUCGACUUGAUUCACUGGCACGGGUCGAUCGAGGCGUACAACACGAUCCAGCAAAGCCUCGACCCCGGACUCACUGGCAAGAUCGCCCUCGUGGACUUUCUCGAUUGGGUAGCUUCGUCGAAGGAGACGCUCGACGCACCGGUGCCCGAGCCGCAGCCGGAUGCGCCACCGCCGCCUUGUCCCGUCGUUGCGCCAAAGAAGGCAGACUGCGUUCCGGUCGCCCGCCCGUCGUUGUCAGAGCCAUCGACGCAAUGGAACGACCGGCUCUGGCGCCUCCUUGCCGUCGAUGAUCUCUCGGUGUCGGCCAAAGCGCUGCAGGUGGCACAGCUCACACAAGCGUUUCGAGACGCCGCCGAGGGACUGGUGCGAACACUGCUUGACACGCGUGCGACCGACGUCGACGACGUUUUCUCGGCCAACAACAUUUGGGCCGAUGGCACCGGCGACCGGCACCGGUGGUAUGGUUAUGCCGACGCAACCGACGCCGACGUGUACGUAGCCGACGGCUUGUGCUGCUUUUUAUGGCGCGCACCGAGUGUCGCUGUCUGGAAGGCUCUGGGGCACGACCUCCGCGCUGGCCGCGCGGUCAUUGACGCGCUGCAAGCGCUGGAGGUGACGACACUGCGAGUGCCGCUGCAGUGCACCGUCGACUACCACGGCGCCCGCGCGCUGAUCUUUGGCGACUAUGGCGCGUCACCGACGGUGUGCCAGACAACCGAGCUUCCACCAACUUUUGUGAUCGCUGCGACGGCGGUUCUCAAGCAGCUCAACCUGUGUCCGCCCGAGCUGGAUGCGACCGACGUUACCGCUCUCCAGCGCGUCUUACCCCGUGACGCGCAUGUCGUGCGACUGACGGACGACGCCUAUGCAUGGACCCGGCUGCGCCAUUUGUGCGCACCCGACGUUCUCGAACAUGACGACGGUGCGCACGACGGCGACGGGGCGUCGAGCUUGCACCAGCUCCGCCCCGAGUACAUUCGGCAGUACCACACCGCGCUGAGCUCCAACGUCUACGGGACGGGGUCCGUGGCCGCGCUCGAUAGCACGGUGGCCUGCGCGAGCCACUAUUUGCAAAAGGCGGUGCUCCCAUCGGCGGUCGCCCGCCUCGAAGCCAACGAAUACUUUCACGUAGUCGACGCUACGGCGCUCACGCGGUUGCUUCACGGCGACGGCAUCAACAUGCGGUACUUGGGUCGCCUCUACGAGCUCGCUACGCUCGGCCAUAUCCGCCGACUUCUUCUCACCGAAAUGGUGGCGCGGACGGCCAAGGUGCUGCUUCGCGGUAUGCUCCGCGGCGCGCCGGCCUCUCGCUCGGUUGUGUUGACGCUUGUGAAUCUGGUCUGCGGUGGCGGCACCGAGGCGGGCGUCUUUCUCGAUCACGAGUUGCUUCCGACGCUGCGGCUCAAGUUUGGCUUGCACGCGGCGCCGACGCGCAAUGAUGUGCACUUGCCGCAGGUACUCUUUGCGCUGGAAAAACACCUCGGUGUUACGGUGGCGCUUCGUCACAUUGCGAGCGCCGGGGACGCCCCGGGGCCGUUCCGAGCACACCAUAUCGUCGGGCUUCACGCGUCGACGUCGAUGGUUCUACGGACGACGACCGAAAGCACACGGUUGAUUGCGUCGACGGACGACGCAGUCGGUGCCGGUCUCUUGUCGGACGCGGUCGCCUACGUCAAGCUCGCACUCGCGCUCGAGGAGGCGCACCCGACGGACCACAACCGGGUGCAGUGGUGCCACCUCCUUGUGUGUGCCGCCGAGCUCUCGGCGCGGACGUCGCACCUCAGCGACGCCGACACGUUUGCCUCUGCGGCGCUCGAGGACGGACCGCGCUGGCACGCGCACCUCGCCAAGGCGCACACUGUCGCGAUGACGCUCGCCCAUGCCAAAGGCGACGUCGAGCGCAUCGGGCACCUCGUCGAGCGAGCCGUGGCCAUUGCGUCGUGGCAUCUCGGUCCGACGCAUGUCUUCCUCGUCGACAUUUACAUGACGGCGGUCGACGUGUGGUGCGACCGCGGGGAGCACUACAAGGCGCUGGGCAUGUGCGACGCCUGCCUCGGCGUGCUCAAGGAGACGUUUGGCCGCAAGAGUGCGCCGUUCGUCGAAGUGCGCCGCACGCAGGCGUGGCUCGUCGACCAAGUCGGAGCCCCCGACGAAGCGCUGAGUCUCUACGAAGAGUGCUUGCGCCUGUACGAGGCACCGGCGCUGAGCUCCUUGGUGGCAAGCCGCGCCGACUGCUGCCUUGCGACAGCGCAGCUGCUCUUGUCGACGCGGGCGCUGCAACCGGCGUACACGACCGCGCUCCAGGCGCACGCGCUGUGCGUGGAAGCAUCGACCAACGUCGUCGCAUCGCUUCAGCUCCUCGGCGAGUGCGCGUCGGCUGUUGACGAUACGUACCGGGCGAUCGAGUAUUUGACGGCCGCGUGGGCGUGGGUUAAGGACCACGCGACCGCCGAGGACGACACAGUGGAAGCGAUGCAAGACAUUACGCGGCGCCUCGUUGGUUUGCACCGAAGAGUGCUCUCGCCCGACGAUACGCAGGUCGUCGACGACGUCCGACGACAAGCCAUCGAGGUCUCGGACGAUGAGUUGGCGUUCGUGGCAGGCCAGCUCUUUGUCCAUGUACCCGGAGAAUAUUUUCACCGAGUGCUCCAAGCAGUGGCAGAUCCCACCGAUGAUUUGGCGCCGAGUGCCGAAUUCGCGUCAAUUGCAGCGUCCAUACAGCUUAAUGCGAUGAUCAUCUUGGAAGAAAUGUCAUGAAGUGAAUAUGACAUGUAUUGCACAUUAA